AUCAGUCAGUCUCAUGUCAACGAAUAUAUUAUUUAGACCCGUAGUCAUUUGCGGAAAAGACGUGCAGACAAGAGAUGUUCGUGACAGUGAACGUAAGGGGUGCUGUGUGUAAAGACUGACUUCGCUGAAUACUACAUUUUAUUGCCAACGAAGAAAAGAAGAAGAAGUAAGGAGAUGGAGAUGGAGAUGGCAUUGGCAGAGACACCUACCACAGCAUCCGACGAAGAGGAGAUGAACAGCCUCCUUACAGCGGCCCUCGAGGAACAGGAUGCCAGGUUGAGGGCGGCCGUGAGUGCCACCCCGAGAGAGAAGCUGGUGAUCCUCGGGAGCGGGGACAUGGCACUUGCACUUGCCAUGGUGAUGGUGCGUGCCGGUUUCCAGCCCGUGGUCGGGAGUCGGUAUCCAGAUAGUGCCAGACAGAGACUGAAGUGUGCUGCCGUCACUGUGACAACGCUGAAGGAGGCCCUGGAGGAGGGAGAGGUGGUCCUAGUGGCCAUCCCUGCGGAACACCACGACUCUCUCCCUCGACACCUGCUCGCCGGGAAGAUCGUGGUCGACGUCAGCAACAGACCCCCCGACAGCCCCCGCCGGCCCGAGAGCGUGGCAGAGCGUCUGCAGGAGUGCCUUCCGGAGAGCCACGUCGUCAAGGCCUUCAACACGCUGUCCGCCUUCGCCCUCCAGCAGGGGGACGUCAGGGGCAGCAGGGAGGUCCCCAUCUGCAGCAACAGCACCUACGGGCGAGAGAGAGUGUCGGCGCUGGUGAAGUCCCUCGGUUUCACGCCCCUCGACUGCGGUGUUCUCGAGAACGCCCGUGAAAUAGAGAACAUUCCCUUCCGCUUCUUCCCCGAGUGGAAAACACCUUGCAUCGUUGCUGCUGUCCUGUUCUGGGUGUUCUUCCUGUUCUUGUUCUUCAGGAGACAGAUUUGCCCCAACAUAGAAGGGAAGGAGCCGUGGGAUUGGAACCGUUUUCAGCCUCUGCCUCUCAAAAACGGCAUGCUGGCCUUCGCUCUCAGUGGCACUGUGCUGCUCCUCAUGUGCUAUGUGCCAGGCACGAUCGCCGGCUACCUGCAGCUGCAACGCGGAACGAAGUACGCGCCCUUCCCCCGCUGGCUCGACAGGUGGCUCAAGGCUCGCAAGCAGAUGGGUCUCUUGGCUCUCCUCACCGGCUGCGCGCACGCGUGCAUGUCCAUCUUCACUCUGAUGGGCAGCGGCGUGUCACAGCCUCCGGAUUGGUCGCAGCAGCUGUACCUUGCCCUUGGCGUCGUCCUAACAGCUGUGAUGGCCAUCUUAGGUGUUGCAUCCAUCCCUUCCGUUGCAGCGACACUUACCUGGCAAGAAUUCUCCUUUUUGCAACGGUACCUCGGUUGGCUCUCCGUCCUGCUGGUCACCUUGCACGCUCUUAUCAAGGGGCACAGGCGCUUGUUGGAUAAUAGGUUCAUGUGUUACGUCAUACCUCAUGAAACGCAGGUCAUAGUCACGUUGUGCAUCUUGGUCAUCCUCAUGAAGCUGCCUCUCCUCAUACCGUGCAUUAACUCACGUCUCAUGAAAAUUCGAAGAGGAUAUGAGAGAAAGUCUACGAGAUUGUAUGCUUAGGUCAAUAAACUGUGCUAUUUGUUAAGAGUUGUCAAUGGUAUGGGAAGGAAUGUAUGUAUAAGUAUAAAUAUUGGUGUGUGUGUGUGUGUGUGUGUGUGUGUGUGUGUGUGUGUGUGUUGAGUUUUCUUUUCGUUUUCUUUUUUCUUGAUAAGAAAUUUGUUUUGCUUUUUACUGCAUGCGUGUUCUGAUUAAUAAAUUGCAGCUAAGUUCUGGAUUUUUUGUAACUAAUAUACAACUAAUAAACAAAAUAAAAAUCAA